GCGAAGCGAGUCCCAAGCGUCGCUGUCCGAUGUUCUUCUUUCCACUACUCAUUUUCAUGUGCGUAGGCUACAAUCCAAAAAGAAAGAUUUUAUCCUACCAUUGUAACUAUGAGUGAGGGCAAUCUCUAUAUUUCGUCCGGACAGUGUUUCUAUGGAGAAGGGCAGAUCUCCGACCCACGUUUCAUUCCAUGUGGCAACGCUGCCGUUGCAGGCACUCAGGCUUGCUGUUUCCAAGGGGAUUUCUGCUUAGCUUCUAACGUAUGCUACGAUAACGAUACAUCUGUGACUUACAUCACCGGAUGUACGGAUGCAACCUACUCGUCGUCCAAAUGCCCACACAAGGCAGGAUACCCUGAUCAACAAUGGGUAGCGCUAGCGAGAUGUGAUGGCGAUGACAUUGACCUAUUUUCUGGCUGCGGCCACCAUAAGGAUGAGGUUGUGAUCAAACAUGAGGACUGUACAUGCGACGCUGCAUCGGCGUUGAUUUCGAAUCCUGCCAGUGGACAGCCAACUCUGAACCAGAUUGGAUUGCUCCCAACAACAGCUGGAGGGACUAUCUCCUUCAAUCCCACAGCGCUUCCGACUGCUACAGCGUCAUCCGAUUCAAGCUCUGGAGGUCUUACAACGGGCGCUAAGGCGGGUAUCGGUGUUGGCGUUGGCGUGGGCGUGCCGGUGAUUGCGGCGAUUAUUUUCCUAUUUUUCUUCUUGCGACGCAAGAAGAGACGGGCAGAGCAACAUCAAGAGCCACAGCAACAACAAUUCCGACCACCACCAUCGGAACUCCCUCCCCAGGAGGCACACGCACAGAUGAUGCAGCAGCAUUCCCCGCCACCCGUGUACAGUACCGACACCCAGAACGCGCAGUACGGAUGGCUCCGCCACAAGCCAGAGCUACAUGGCGACCCAGCGCAUAAGGUCGAGCUCCCAGGGGACUCGCAUGCGCAUGGAAACAACACCGGCGUGAACAGGAUGGACUCCAUCCAGAAGACACCGUAUGAAAGCUAUCCGCCAAGCGAAUAUGGUGCGGACGUUAGUCAUCGUGAGAGUGAGACUCCGUCCCUGCCGUUUGUUUCGCCGCAGACCACGGGCAGUACGGAUGUGCCGCAAGCGGCCGGCGGCCAUCAACGGACGGGAUCUUCUAAUAUGGAUCCUAUCUCCGAACAUCGCUUUGAUGGCAGACAGUACUAGUUAGCUAUCAUCAUGUGCAUGGAUUGGUUUCUUAUUGAAAAGAAGUUGUCUCCUCAUCAUAUCGCAUAUAAGGAUGUAAGUUUUCUACGCGACGGGGAUAGCGACAGACUGGGAACUAAGUAUCGCAAAUCAUGUAAGACUGCUGUUUAGGUGUCGAGUUCGGAGCCGAGUGGCUAAGUCAUCGAACUCCUGCAAUGAGAUCUAGCAUUUCUAUAAGCUCUUAUGGUGAUUGACACCGCAAACGCAACGAUGGUCAAGUGAGCAGGUGUCCGAUAUCCGGGAAGGCAUUUUAUGUAGUACCUGGUAGAUCAUACAUCAACCAUAA